UCCAACAUCGCGAUCCAGAAGGGGGUAUUCCGUUCGGAAUUGGGUUCGUUUUUUCGUUUAUUUUCGGGUUCCUGACACGCUGCAGCUGCUUGGCCUUCCUUCAGCAGCUCCGCAGCUCUUUCUCUUUUUUUUGUCGUUCCAUAUUUUCCUCCCAACUGUCGCCUGCAUGUCUGUUUAGACCCCGUCUGCCAUUCCUCUAUCUCAUCAGAGCCUGUCGGCUGCCUGCUGUUUGUGGAAGAGGCACAGGCACACGCGACACACAUCAAAGAUGAGUGCAUCGCCAGCCAAACGCCGCGUGCUCGGCGCCCUCGACCCAAACGCGUGUUCGCCUAAAGCGCGUCACGACACAAAGCAGGUGCCACACAGUCCUAUCAAGGCUCACGCAGCCGCGCCCCGCCAGACCGACACGAUAUCGACUGCGGUCGCUGCCGCCAUUGCCCCCGCUGCUCGGCCGUCCUCUCACACGCCCGAGCGCGGCUCCGACUCCAGGAAGCGCUCAUCCCCACCCCCCACGAUGACUUCACCUGGCGGUGGCAACGGCGUUGGCGACGAGCCCGCGCCGAAGAGACCCUGUCUCGAUAGCAGCUGCCAACAGACCCAGCUGCAGUCGCGACCAUCAGAGGCCCUUGUCCCCCCCGCGUCCCCGCCCUCGUCCGCAUCCCCCACCCGCUCGACCCUCACCAGCCAACGGUCCGCCUCUCCCGACAGCUCCUCGCUCUUAGACAACUCCCAGGCCACCGUCCUCACCGAGCCGGACCCCGCAGCACCCGCACCCCCGGCCCCAGCCCCGGCUGCUCCAAGACGUCUGACGCGCGAGCAGGCGAGACAGAGCGCCGAAAUCCUCCGCCUGCGCCUCAGCCUUGCUAACUACAAGGUGCGCACGGGCCAGGUCGACGUGCCGCUCGAGCGGCUGGAGGCGCGGCCCGUGGGUCCGAGGCGCGGAGCCGGGCUGCAGCGCAGCUUCGCGCGGGCGGGGAGUUCUUUUUCGGCUAGUUCUUUGUCUUUUGCUCCUCCCCGUCCAGUGGGCCCGGUGGCGGCGGCGACCACGGCGUCAGUGUCGGCUUCGUUCCCACCUCCUGCCGGAGGAGGAGGAGGAGGCCCGCGGAGGACGCCGUUGCCUGGUGCGCCGGUGCGGAGGGGUAGUGGUGCGAAUACCGCUGGUGGUGGUGGUGGUGGUGGUGGUGGUGGUGGUGGUGGCGGUGGUGGCGGCGUUCAGCUGGGAAGUGGGGUGAGCCGGGCGCGGGGUGAAGGGCGCGUGGAUGGGACAAGACUGGAUGAGCGAGAGCACCGCACCCCCUGGUUGCCCCAGCAACAGCAGCAGCGGCAGCAGCAACAACCGGCAGCGGCGCAACCGGAGGAGCGCACAGCUGCAGGUUCAGGUAUCAGUACCGCGGUCGAGGCUCAAAGGAGGCAGUCAGUGACCGGCGCCGCGCCGACAGAGCGCGCGGCCGCCACUGGGAUGCACUUGCUGUCGCGGGGGAGAAGCCCUGCCGAGGAGCAGGACGACGCUCUGGACAGCGGAGAUGACGAGCGCAGGGGAGGCGCCGCCAGCGGGCUGCUCUCCUUGGCGCGGAGCUAGAGGCUUCGGACUAAGAACUGGCCCAAGAAGCCACGCGGCAGCCGGGCGCACGAGGACUAGGUUUGAUUUUCGGGUGUGUUGAUUUGGAUGGGCCGGCUGCGAGGCUCGAAAGCGAGGCACGCUCGUUGUGGAGCAGGCUCUGCUGUUUUUUUAAAA